UACACACUAUACGGCUUAAAUUUGUAUCGCGAGGUUUCCUUGAGACAGCUGAACACAUUAGAAGCAAAAGAAGAAUGUCAUUUUAACAAAUGAAACAGAACUGAGGGGGGAAAAUCUUCAAAGGCAUGCGACAGUGUGCAUCCGCCAGUAAUCCAGUUUCCCUGUCUCCAUGACAACGCCUCCUCUUGCCGCCGGCGGCAUGACAUCUCAGUUCCCCGGGCAACAGGCGCAGGCUGCCCGAGAUGUUAACACAGCCUCCCUCUGUCGCAUCGGUCAGGAGACGGUGCAGGACAUCGUUUUAAGGACCAUGGAGAUUUUUCAGCUGCUGAGAAACAUGCAGCUGCCGAAUGGGGUGACAUACCACCCCACCACGCACCAGGACCGACUGGGCAAGCUGCAGGAGCACCUGCGCAUGCUCUCCGUACUCUUCCGCAAGCUGCGGCUGGUCUACGACAAGUGCAUCGAGAACUGUGCUGGCCUGGAACCUGUACCCCCAGAGCAGCUCAUUCCGUACGUGGAGGAUGACAGCUCCAAGCUUGAUGAGCGAUCAGCCAAUCAGACGCGUGCGGCCAGCGAGGAGAGGAGGGAGGUCCUGGAGGUCAACAAGAAGCUCCGACAGAAGAAUCAGCAGCUCAAGCAGAUAAUGGACCAACUCAGGAACCUCAUCUGGGAGAUCAACUCGAUGCUUGCUGUGAGAAGCUAAAAUCUCAUCUCUCUCUCUCUCUCUCUCUCUCUCUCUCUCUCUCUCUCUCUCUCUCUCUCUCUCUCUCUCUCUCUCUCUCUCUCUCUCUCUCUCUCUCACACUCUCUCUUUCUUCCUCAUUUCCUUUCUCUUUUACUCUGAAGAUAGCUGCUGUAUUUUUCAAAGGGGAAAAAAGGUUCAUCUAAUUGAGCUAAAACUACCUUGUUCUAACCAUGCAAAGAAACGAACUCACGGUAGAGAUUAGACUUCUACCAUGUGGAAGAGAGAGGAUAAUAAUGGAAAAUGGGGGAAGAAGUAGAGAUUGUAAAGAAGAUAAGGAUAACUAGAGCUUACACAGACCAGAAUAGUUAAAUGAGGGUGACACCUGGGGUUGAAGUUGGUAUGAUACGAAAGCAACCUGUAUUUAUUUAUCCCUGGAAACUGAGUGAUUUAUGUAGUGGUAUAUUUAAAAAAAAACAAUUAUUUAAUGUAGAGGUAUUUCAUAUCUUUAAAAUAAUGAGUUAAAAUAGAUUGUGAAUUAUGCAUCUGUUACAUUUUAAAUAUCACCAACACAAUGGAGUUGUAGCUAAGAAGUAACAAGAUUUUUUAUCACAGAGAAGGAUGGUGUGUGUUAUUUGUUGUGUGUGCCUGUUUAUUGCCACAAGUCAGUAGCAGGCCAUCAAGUGGAUUUACUGUUUUCUAUUUUCUAGCUGUCUAAACCUCUUAAAUGUCUUAAAUCCUGCUAUGAUUUUAAUGCAAUGCUUCUCUCUAUUAUUUAUAUCUGUUUGGGAACCUCAUAAUACAAUAGCUUUUCUAAAGGGGAAACUCAGCUUUGGCUGGCAGCUUUGGAUAGCUCUUACAACAGGGGAAACUGUCUGUAAUAGUCCUCAACAUCCCACAAAGGCCCUCACGCCAUAUUUCAGUCUAGGGGAACAGAUAUGUCUUUGAUAUGAAUGAAGGGGCAGAUUUGAACAAGCGUGGCUUGUGUUCUGUCCAUGCUCCUCAUUAAGCAAAUCGGCGUGGCUAAAAAGACUACCCUCUCGAUGCCUUUGUGGUAUUAUGCAAACUGUUGGUGAAAUAAAUACAGACUGUAAAAUGA